AUGCCUCGCACGCGAACAAAAUACAUCUGGCCUCCGCCCAUGCUGGCUGACGACAACACCGCGACACCUCCACGCGCAGAUGCGACGACCCCUACGAUUACUAACGCCGCCACCAGUGAACCCCGAGCGAAAAAACCGAAACUAGAAUCUGCGUCGUCCACGGCACAAAGAUUGACACCAAGUGGACGGAGUACUCCUGCUCAAGAGGGAUAUCAACAUCAAGAUCAUUCUAGCAAGGGCAGCGGGAAAGCAGGUGAAUGGGAUCCUGAUUCGGGCACCGCACCGCCGUCCCUGGAAGCUGUCUUUGCGGCGUAUGCGCGCAUACCUAUGGAUACGCAGAUAAAGCGAUAUCGUGAAUGGCGACGCUUCGGCUCAGUCCACGACGACUAUUGCUUGUUGUGCCGCAAAUCCGGACCCAAGGCUCUCGUUCCCUGCAGUACUUGCAGCAAAUGUUUUCACGACGAAUGUACACCGCCGGGAUCAUUAUACAACGAAAUAAGACAGUGGUUUUGCGCGGUCUGCGUUAAUCGAAAUUGGCAUAGACAGCCACCGACUCUGACACCGCCUGCUUCACCUUCUCCCGAGCCCGCCCUCACCACCGGUAUCGAUCGAAGAUCGUCGGAAAGUAGCCAUCUACAGAACAACAGGCAUUUGUCAGACCAGCAGGGAAACGUACCACCCACCGGAAACUCGCAAGCCCUGUCUAUACUCGCCGAAAUAUCCCGCUCAAUGUCUCGCGGUGAAGAACGACACCCACCAAAUCUUUCUUCACAACCACAUCGGUUCCCAGAUGUAUCCUCGCCAUACUCCCCCAACCCUUCUUCCAUUACACUACCAUCGAUAUCCACCCGCCCAGGCCUGGCACACGAGUUCGGCCUCCCACCACCAGCACCUUCUCCAUCCUCACACGGCGUCGUCGGCGGUGGCAAUUCAAUCCUCGACUCACACGCUCGCAAAUCCAAAUUCGCCACUCUCUCUUCCGAAGUCGAUUCCGCACUAUGGGUACUCUACCGCGAACUGGAGAGCGUGACAUCCCUCCGCCAACGAAUCGGCGAACUUGAAUCCGAAAUUGUAAAACUGCGACAGGAUGUUAGUAUCAGAGAUAAUCAGCUCAUUCUUUCGCGGAGAUCGAUAUCGGCGGCUCACAACAGCAAUAAUAACGGCAUGCCAGGCGGUAUAUCGCAGGCUGAGAUCGAUCGGUUGCGUGUACAGGCUGCUAAGGUUGAUGAAGUGACGAGACAUGCUGAGUCUAUGCGUGCGAAGAAUGAGGCGCUGGAGAAGGAGUUGACAGAUGCGAAAGCCGAGUCGGCGGCGAAGGAUAAGACGCUGAAUGAGUGGAAGGGGCGGUUGCCCGACAACAUGGCUGUUCGAAAGAAGAAAAAUCCUGUUGUAUCGACUGAGAAGACGCUCAAGGAGACUGUUGUACCUUCUGCGAGCAUACUGUACGAGGAUUAUCGCGGUGACGAGAAUAGUCAAGAUAGUCAAGAUGUUGAGUCUGAGGGGUCCACCGCCGCAAAGACGACAUCACCAUCACCAUUUGAAGAAAUUGAAAAUGGAAUGUCUGAAUGGAUGACAUCUCCAGACCUUGUCCGCAAAAACCUCCCGUUUACGCCAGAUGUCAUGUACAAUCUGAACAAUUUCUUGCUGGGCAGUCCAAACAUGAAUUCCCCGCAUCUGUUUCGCGCGGAUAUCUGGUAUGAUAGUGCAGGAGAGCUGAAGACCCCGAAGGAGAAGGAGAGGCUUGUUCUAGGUGCUGAAUCGGCAGCACAAAAUCAGAGUGCUGUUGGUGAUGAAAAUCCGGAAUAUACAGAAGCAGAAGCGACUAAAGCGCCACAUAUUCCAGGCUUUGAAGUGAAGCGCACGGUAAUUAGAGAGUUGAUUCCGAGAAGACCGAAUCUAGAUAGGGCGUUGAAACAGACCUGUCUUUACUAUGAAGGGGUCGAUUCGGCUUCUUCGGUGCAAAGGGCGCUGUAUUUGUUCAUACCAGACAUCAAAGAGGAUGAAGAUGUACCGUUUUACCACCCAAAAAUUCGCGGAUGGGGCUUUUUGUAUGACUAUGAUAGCAACUCGUCCGGCUCAUCGUCACAUAUGGAGUCAGAACCCUCGCCGUAUGGAAAGGGGGAGGCUUUGUCGGCAGGCUAUGGAACGCUGUCUCUGCAUAUCCUCCCCUUUCCAGCAGCAGAAGGCUUCGAUCCAUUCCCGGGUCGCCUUGAAAGAAUCCUGCAAAAUCUAUUAAUAACGCAUAUCCGACUUGCACGCAAUACGCGCCCUACUACAUCAGCAGAAACACCAGACCCAUCCGACACCAACUCAAUUACUUCCAAAACAGGCAAAAGACAAGAAGACGACAGCUACAACCCCGACAAGGACAACAUCAUCCCGCGGCACAUGGUCCAAAACACAUACUCACGGCUCAAAUCAACCUAUUCCCAAGACCUAUGUAAGCGAUGGGUGGAAAACACCGAACCUGCAAAACACGUCUUUGAAGAUCUGGCCAUUACGGCGUUUCUGAUUGAGCUUUGGCGGAAUAUGUAUGGCGUCGUGCCACCAGCCGAGGAAGAAAAAGAAGAACUAGUCGGCCUGAAAGAAAGAGAGUUUCCGGAGUUUGUGGAUAUUGCGUGUGGGAAUGGUGUGCUUGUUUAUGUGCUUCUUAUGGAAGGGUAUAGAGGUUGGGGUUUUGAUGCGAGGAGAAGAAAGACGUGGUCGAUUUUCCCUGAGUGGGUGCAGGGGAAUCUUGAGGAGGCGAUUUAUAUUCCUGAGCCUUUUGUGGGGGGCUUCAUCUCGACUCCUUCGACGACAACGAAUGUCGUGGGAGAUUGUGACUCGGUGCAUCAGCGGAUCCAAAGUCAUAACGGUAUUCGUUACACCACUGGAAACUUCCCGAAAAAGACCUUUGUCAUUUCGAAUCAUGCCGAUGAACUGACCAUCUGGACACCCUUGUUGGCAGCACUCGCGUCCCCAGAAGAGCCAUUACCAUUCAUAUCCAUUCCAUGCUGUUCACACGCCCUCUCCGGCGCAAAAUAUCGCUACCCACCACCCAAGAAAGAAACCUCCAAAGCCACCACCACAGAGGAAAACACGGACAACAACCCUCAAACAGGAGACCUCAAAGCCCUCCGCGCUCAAAAACUUGCCGCUAGCACAUCCCUCCCCGACUCCAAUCCCAACUCCACCGCAGUGCUGAACUCGAUGUAUGGCUCUUUAACAGCUAAGACGAUGAGUGUCGCUGCUGAAAUCGGGUUUGAUGUUGAGAAGACGUUGCUGCGGAUACCGAGUACGCGGAACAUGGGCGUUAUUGGGGGGAGAAAGAGUGCUAUUCUCAAGGGGCAGGGGCAUGAGCAGAUGGCAGUGGAUGUAGAGACCGUGCUGCGGGCAAUUGAUGUGGUCGUUGAGAGGGAGUGUGCGAGGGAUGGUGGUGUGAGUGCUGCUGCAAGAAUAUGGGUUGAGAGGGCUAUGGGGUUACAGAAGGUUGGUAAGGGGUCUUAG